UAAAUUCGCAACAUGUUUACAAUCAACUGAAUGGUUUAAGAGGUUUUAAUGCAUACAUUCAUAAAUGUGAAACAUUAAAUUCUGUUCAUAAAAGUAAUAACGUUAAAAAAAUUUGCGCAAGACUUUUACAAUAUUUAGAUAAUUAUACAAAAUCAAUAAAUGAAAAUGAUGAGUAUGAUAUUUGUAUGCUUUUAAGUUUCUGGGUAUAUAGUAGGUUAUUUGAUAUUUUGAAAUCUAAAGGUGAAACUUAUAUUUACCGAGUUUAUGCAAAAUUUCAAUCAAUAUGGUAUGGUUUUAUUGAUGAUAAUCUAAAAAAUACUAAUAAUAAAAAAUGUAGACCUAUUUCUGACCUUGCUGUUUAUGAUGACUGGAGAGAUAGAAAAGAACUAUAUGAAUAUUGUGUUGAUUAUUAUACCUUUAGUCAAACUCUUGCAGGUUUUCCAGAUAGAUGCAAAGAAUUCUAUAAGUACGUAGAGAGCAAAAAAGCACUUUACGCAAAGUUUAAAAAUCUUUGUUCUUCAGAUAAAAAAAAAGGGUGCCCAGAAUUUUAUGCAAAAUGUGAAAAAUACGAUCCAGAAAAAGUACUCCCACGUCUUGAUUGUUACCAUGAAAUAAAGCAAGAAAGGGAUGCCGCUGCGCUUAGUAUUCCACAAUUAAGAGACGAACAUUCAGUUAAUGAACCCAACUCAGAAGGGACAGACGCUGGUAUGAAGCCUUUCGAUGAUCCCAAUUUAAGUGGAAAUCCUCACACUGUGACAAAGCUUGGCAAUGUUUUUCUUGGAGUAGUUGCAACUACUAUGACAUCUGGAGCUUUAUAUAGAUUUACACCCUUAGGAGGCAUGAUACGCAAUGGACUUGGAUGGAACACUAAUAAUAUGAGGAAUUUUAAUGGAGGAGACAUUAGAUUAUACGAUUAUGCAGCAGAACCUUUUAAUCCAUAUCCAGGAGAGGAACAUUAUAUUGGAUAUCAUCCUGCGUAA